AUGGCUGCGUCGACGGGGAGAACGUGGCGCCGUCUGCUCGACGAGAAGAAGGCCGCCUUCAGCAGACAAGGAUGGCAGCUGCCGCCCGCCAUCGCCAACGAAGAGUCCUUCCGCAACCACUUCGAGGCCCUUUGCAGGUCGUGCAAGGAGAGAUACUACACGCGAUUGCUGGUCCAGCUCCACUAUGGAUCUAUCAACGCGUUUGCCUGCGCAGUGGACGGAGCCUUGGAACACGUCCCGCCCAGCAACCUGGCGGGCCUCGUCUCAGGCGGUUGUUUUGUGGCCAUCAAGUGCGCUUGUGAAGCUGGUGUACCGCCAGUCCGCAUUGUUGAGCUGCUGGGCCAGCUAAACAGCGCUGUCCCUUCCCUCGGUGCUGACAUUCCCCUGUUCCCCCAUGAUCCAGACGUGCAGGCUCCCUUACAAGACAUCUUUGACGCAUACAUGGACUCACUGCUGUGCAUCCUGACGUCCUUCAACCUCGACCACACUCCUCCAUACAACUUUGACCCCCUCCAAAGCAUCCAGGCAAAGAUCCAAAAAUCCGCGGAGACAUUCGCAAUGGGAAGGGCGAAAUUCGAAGAAAUGCUAGAGCUGGCCGAGCGGAAGGAGGCCAGAGGGUCAAACUUUUCAAGGAGCUUUCCGAACCACCGGUGGGAUAUUAGACAUCAACAUCCCUACGACACUCAGGCGCGUUUCAUUCCCCAGAGGAGGCUGGGAAGGGGCUCUUUCGGCGACGUCGAUGAGGUGCAAGAGGUCUCGACAGGAGCGGUGUACGCUCGGAAAAUCAUCCAACUGCCGGGUGACGACGUGGCUGCCGCCACGCGCGUGGAGGAAGUUCGAAAUGAAGUCCGUGUGAUGCAGAGAUUGACCCACCAGCAUAUCGCGACAGUGCUCUUCUGGCUCAAGGACCAAGGGGCCUGCAGUAUCUUUAUGAACCCCGUAGGGGACUGUGACCUUCGAGUGUACCUGGAGAACUGCACACGCGACAGAAACCCCGCUGGUGCAUUGCAGAAUAUCCUUCCCUGGUUCGGGUGUCUACUGGAUGCACUCUCGUUCGCUCACCGGCUCCACGUCACGCACCGGGAUAUCAAGCCAUCCAAUAUCCUGAUCAAAGAGAACCAGGUCUACCUGGCCGACUUUGGGCUGGCAAAAGACUUCACUCAGUACGGCACCAGCAAGACCUCCAAUUUCUUUGUGUGUGGCACCCCCGUGUACCGUGCUCCUGAAGUCAGACCCGACAAUCCCCGGGGUCGCCAAGCAGACGUCUUUUCACUCGGCUGUGUCUUCUCGGAAAUGCUUACGGUCUGCUGCGGGCGGUCGUUGGACGAUUUCCAAAACUUCCGUCGAGCUCCUGAGAAUGAAUGCGGCGCGCUGGCCUUCCGGGAGAACCUACCCAAUGUGCAAGAAUGGCUCAAUCAGUUGAAGAAGGAUAGUGAUGACUUUUUAUGUGAAACCCUGGUAUGGCAGAUUAUGCUCAUGAUCAAAAGUAAUCCUGACGCCAGACCUACGGCCCAGAAAGGGGUGGAUUUCCUGAUGAGCAGCAACCAACGAGAGGCAUUUUUCUGCCAAUUUCAUUUUUGA